CUCGCGCGUCAGGUGCUUUGGAUAAUAAUUGACAGGUUCGGAGAGUUCACAGCUGGCUGCUUUAGUCGCUGAAAGCCUCCAAGCAUGACCAAGUGAGGGCCAGCUUCCAAAAUAUGGACACCCAGGACCAGUAAAAACCCAGAAAAUAAAAAUAAAACGGGAAUCAUGCGUUGUUUUGUCACCAUCUGGAUGUUUGUAACCUUCAGCGCGGCGGCGGCGAAGCCCAACGCUGGUUUGAAAACGUGGGGCCGCUUCAGCAAACUCCCCUACCCCGGAGACAAGGCGUUCCUGUACGGAACCUUCCCCAAGAACUUCAUCUGGGCCGUGGGSACCGCCGCGUACCAGGUGGAGGGCGCGUUCGAGAAGGACGGCAAGGGCCUCUCCAUCUGGGACACUUUUACGCGCGGCGGGAACCGCGUGGCCACCGGGGACGUGGGCAGCGACAGCUACCACAACAUCCACGCCGACAUCCGAGCCCUCCGGCAGCUGGGGGUCAGCCACUACAGGUUCUCCCUGUCCUGGUCCAGGAUCUUCCCCAACGGCACGCGCGGGAGCCUGAACGAGCUCGGCGCCAACUACUACCGCGCGCUGCUGAGGAGGCUGCGGGAGAUCMGCGUGCAGCCGGUGGUCACGCUGUACCACUGGGACCUGCCCGAGCAGCUGCAGCGCAGCCUGGGCGGCUGGAGCAACCCGGACAUGGUGGGCAUCUUCCGGGACUACGCCGACUUCUGCUUCCGCGCGUUCGGGGAGGACGUGAAGUGGUGGAUCACCAUGGACAACCCGUUCGUGGUGGCCCAGCACGGCUACGGCACCGGGGUGGUCGCUCCCGGGAUCAAAAACGACCCGGAUCUCCCGUUCAGGGUGGGACAUAACUUACUGAAGGCUCAUGCAGCUGCCUGGCACCUCUACAACCGCCACUAUCGACCCCGUCAGCAGGGCAAGGUCUCCAUGGCUCUGGCUUCCCACUGGAUCAAGCCCAGCCGCACUCGCUUGGAGAGCCUGCGGGAGUGCCAGUGCUCCCUGGACCAUGUCCUUGGUUGGUUCGCCCGCCCGCUGUUCGUGGACGGGGACUACCCCUCCUGCAUGAAGGAGAGACUGGGCUCCCGGCUGCCCUCCUUCACCCAGGAGGAGAGGGAGCGGGUGAGAGGGACGGCCGACUUCUUCGCCCUCUCCCAUGGGGCCACCCUCAGCUUCCAGCUCAUCAACGACAGCCUGAAGUUUGGGCAGCUGGAGGAUCUGGACCUGAGGAUGCUGCUCUACUGGGUCAGUGCAGAGUACGGCAAGCCUCCCAUCUUUGUGGUUCAAAGUGGUUGGUACGUCCUCGGCAACACCAAGACAGAAGACCCAAAACACAUGUACUACCUCAAGAGGUUCAUCGCUGAGGCACUAAAAUCCAUCAUCAUAGAUGGCGUGAACGUGAUUGGGUACACAGCCUGGUCUCUGAUCGAUGGCUUUGAGUGGCACAGAGAGUACGGCAUUCGACGAGGACUGUACUACGUUGACUUCAACACUCCUGACAUGAAGAGGGAGCCGAAGACGUCUGCCACCUUUUACAGAAACGUCAUCCACAGAAACGGUUUCCCUGAGCUGCCGGAGAACAAACCAGCACAAGGAGUCUUCUCUUGUGAUUUUGCAUGGGGGGUUUCUGCCAACUCCAUACAGGUGGAGACGGCUCCCGCCCAGUUUGCGGACCCCAACGUUUACCUCUGGAACAUCUCCAACAACGGAGAGCUGAUUAAGCUGGAGGGCUUCAACGCUCCACCUCUGCGCCGAGCCACACACUGUGCUGAUUACGCCACCGUCCGACAGCAGGUGGAUGAAAUCCGGCAGGUUGGGGUGACCCACUUCCACUUUUCCCUGAACUGGUCUGCACUGGUGCCCGCGGGUGACGUGGCUCGCCCCAACGCCACCCUGCUGAGGUACUACCGCUGCUUCGCCCGUCAGCUGCUGCUGGCCAACGUCACCCCCGUGGUCACGCUGUGGCACCACACGAGGCAGCGCAGCGGCCUGCCCGCCCCGCUAGACUCUGCCAACAAGUGGCUGGACAGGAAGACCCCGCAGGCCUUUGCAGACUACGCCAGGCUCUGCUACAGAGAGCUGGGGUCCAGUGUGAAGAUGUGGAUCACCUUGAAUGAACCCAACGAUGAGAUGGUGAGCUACCAGGAGGGCCAUCAGAUGCUGCGGGCGCACGCUUUGGCCUGGCACGCCUACGAUCAAGAGUUUAGACACAAGCAAGGAGGAAAGGUGUCUCUGGCGCUGCACUUGGACUGGGUGGAGCCGGCGUUUUCYUUCAGCCGUGAAGACGUGGAGCCAGCCAAAAGGGUUUUGGAUUUUUCCGUCGGCUGGUUUGCAGAGCCCGUCUUCGGCAGCGGCGACUAUCCUGCAGGGAUGAGGAGCUGGCUGCGUCAGCUCAACUCACUUGAGUUGCCUGUUUUCAACGAGGAGGACAGACAGCUGGUUAAAGGGACGUACGACUUCUUUGCUAUGAGCCACUUCAGCUCCAAGCUUGUGACUCAUGCCAAGGAGGACUCAUACACCUACACAGCAACGCUUGAGGUCCAGCACAUGAUCGACACCACGUGGAUCAUGUCUCCGAGGCCCGUGGUGCCCUGGGGUCUGAGGAAAGCGCUCAACUGGGUGAAGGAGCGCUACAGCGACGUGCCGAUCUACGUGAUGGCCAACGGGGUCCAGGAAGACCCGGCCCGUUUCAAAGACAGCCUGCGAGUGUACUACCUGUACAACUACAUAAACGAGGCGCUUAAAGCGCACACUUUGGACGGCGUGAACCUCAAAGGUUACUUCGCCUACGCCCUGAACGACCAAAGAGACCCAGGCUUUGGUUUGUACGGCCAAGUUCACGAAGAGCUCAUCGUCAAGGCCUCCCUGUCCAACUAUCGCAACAUCAUCCAACAUAACGGCUUCCCCAUUCAAGGGGCCGCGCCGCAACAGUGUCCCGCUUCUCCCCAAUCCUGCCUGGGCUGCCAUGUUCUGGACAAGAGGCCCGUGGUGGGCUUCCUGUCACUGGUGGGUUCAGGGGUGCUGAUCACCCUGGGCCUCAUUAUUUAUUACACAGCCAAGAGAAACAAGGAGUAUUACUGAGAAAAAAGGGAUAAAGACUGGAAAGAAACUGCUUAAUUGGAAGUCUUGUCUGAAGCCUCGUCAGCUUCAUGUUUUAGGUGUUAGAAGUGUUUUUAAAUGUUCGCUGAAUGUUCAGAGUUAACUUGUGAGACAAGUUACAAACACCACUUGGUAUUAUAAAGUACCUGAAUCACAAACAAACUGUACAAAUGUUUUUGAUUUGCCCAUGCAGUCGGAUCAAGAGGUGUAACAAAAACCGACUAAAAACUUUCAGCACAAAGAAUGAGACUGGAAAAAACUUUAAAAAACAUUUAAAGUAUGUACAAAUCAUUCAGUUAUCAUCUGUUUGUUUUCUAGAUUGUGGCCUAAUUCACAUUUUUUUUCCACUUAUGUGGCUUUCAUCAAUCAUUUAUUAAUUUGAGUACUUUUAUCUAGAAUAUUUCAAACUUCCUAUCAUAUUCUCUGUCGUCUCCAGCUGAAUUUAAUAAGUUUAUAAUGUAGUUCUAAGGGUUGGGUUUGGGACCCUAUAAGGAGUCACCCAACACUAAUCAGGAGCCCCUUAGAUCAGGGGUUGGGUCUGGGGACUCCUUACAAGGGCAAAAAAAUAAAUAAAUAAAAUCCAGGGACCCCCU